AUGGCAGUGCCAUGGGGGCCUCCUGGCCAACGGCAGGUUGAGAGAAUGGUGUCCAUGCCCGCGCAGCGCCACGCGGCAGCGGCUGCACCGCCCGUGGUCAUGUCCUCGGCUGCCGCGAUGCGUCUCAGAGCCGCUGCGGGCCAGGGGACGCCACAGCCACCGAGCUCGCCGACCCGGCAGCAUGUGCUCGUCCAGCAGCGGCCCUUGCCGACGCACCAUCACUACCCGAGCCAGCAACCCACGGCUCCAAGCGGGGCGGCGCGCCUGUCACCGAGACAGGGAGGCUUCCGAGGCCCCGCCGUGCAGAGGACUUCGAUCCCCAACGCGCAGUGGCGGCCGCAGCCUGUGCACUCAGGCUCUGUGGGAGCCUGGCCGCGGAGCCUGAGUGCAGAGAACCGCGCCGGCACCAACCAAGGUACAUCGACUGCGUCGAAAGUGCCGCGGCCGAGCCAUCGCGAAGCUUCCCCAGGGGAACCAGGGCCGUGCUACUCCUCGCGUAGCGUCAGGGGCGAUGAUCCGCUGUCGCGGACCUUCACUUCGGGUGAGAUCUCGGAGGGUGUGCAGGUCGUCUGCGCGCCUCGCGAAAACCUGUCGCCGAGGAUGCGCGCCAAGGCCGCCCCAGCGCCCCAGAACGCCGGCGCCCCAGCGGUACAGCGCUGCGCAAGCGCCUCGCUGGCGAGGCCGCAGAGGCAGAGCCCACAGCGGCAAAGCUCCGCAGGCCGCCCCUUCUCGGCCCGGCCCUCCGCCUCACCGACGCGGAAGUCGCCCUCGCCGGAGCCGCGAUGCAUAGCGCCCGAGUCCCCGCGCAACAACACGCGGGUGGAGGGCCGACGGCCUCGGGAAGGCCAUGCCGGUGUCCUGGGACUGGAGCGAGGUACAGAGCACCUCCUCCUCGAGCGCAUCGCUGCCUUAGAAGCGCAGGUCAUCGACAGGCACGACCUCCUCCAGAAAAUCAGCAAGCAGCAGGAGCAGCUCGACCGCCUGGAGAAUCUCGCGCGCGAGAACGCGAAGCUCAAGGCGCAAGUCGCCAAAGGCCCCGCGCGCCGGGUCGCACCCGCUGCGAACGCAGGAGGCCCGCGGCGGGUGGCACCACGAGCCGAGCCCACCGUGACGCGGCGCAUGGCCCCUGCACCGCAGGUUUCGGAGGCUCUCCUGCCCACGAUGGCACCCCGGCGUUACGGACACAGCCCCCCCGCGGAGGCUCAGAAGGUGCGGUCUAAGCCAGCCUCCAUCCCCGUGCGCUCCAACUCGCAAGACGUGCUCUGGCAGCCCUUGUCGCCCAGGGAGAAAGUCCUCAAGUUCCAGGCCAGCAUGUCGAUGGGACAGCUUAUCCCGGAGAAGAAGGCCCAGGAGCUGGACCUGCGCCUCGGGGAGUUGGAGGCCGCGUUGGGCCUGCCGGCCGAUGGCUCCGAGGCAACCACAACGGGCCCACGCAUGGAUGAGUUGGAUGGAUCCCACGAGGACGAGGAUGCCGAGCCCGAGUUGCGAUGA